CCUGGGUCACGUGACGAGGGAGCGGCCCCGCCCAUCCGCCGGAGUCCGCGCCGGAACGAAGCCAGUCCCAGUGCGCCUGCGCGGCCCGGGCCCGCUCGCUGCUGCCGGGCUCAAGCUGCCCCACGCGGCUCGCGCCGCCGCCGCCGGGAUGCUUUUCUAUUCGUUCUUCAAAUCCCUGGUGGGGAAGGACGUGGUGGUGGAGUUAAAAAAUGAUCUGAGUAUCUGUGGGACCCUCCAUUCUGUGGAUCAGUACUUGAACAUCAAGCUGACCGACAUCAGCGUGACGGACCCGGAGAAGUACCCCCACAUGCUGUCGGUGAAGAACUGCUUUAUCCGCGGCUCCGUGGUGCGCUACGUGCAGCUGCCGGCGGACGAGGUGGACACGCAGCUGCUGCAGGACGCCGCGCGCAAGGAGGCGCUGCAGCAGAAGCAGUGACCCCCCCAUGUUCCCCCCUCCCUCCCUGCUGCAGGGGGUGCAGGGCGGAGACCUGCCCCACCCGGCUGCUUCCCGCCAGCCGUAAAAUCCCCCCUGCUUGGCAGCUCCUGCCACUACACCGAUGCUCCCGGACGCCUGGGUCCGUGGCUGCUCCCCCUCCUGGCUGGGAGCAGGAGCUGAGCCGCUGUCCAGGAGCCCGGACACCUGGGUUCCUCCUUUUCACCCUGCCGUCCCAGGCCCCGGAGGCCUGAGUUUCUCUCUGCAAGCCCAGGCCUCGGACUCCUGGGUUCAUCUCCACUUGUGCUUGGGAGGGAACAGGAAGAGCAGAGGGGAACCCAGGCAUCCGGGGCCCUGCAUGGGGGCUCAGCUUCUACUCAAGAGAAUUGGGUGGGGGCUGUGCCCUUUCUAGGGGCCCGGACGCCUGGAUUCAACUCCCCUGCCCCCCAAUAUGCCCAGAUCUAGGACACCUGAGUUCUGUGUGCUCCCUGAGCUGCAUAUCUCCUGUGGGAUGAAUAUCAGGGUGGUUCCUAGGCUUGUCGUGUCCCCCGCCAUUGGGGGGGAAAGAUUAUGGGGGUCCCCUUAGUUCUGGUUUGAGUCUCCCCAGCCCCCCUCUUUCACCUCCGGGGCCAUGGCCAGUUAAGCCUCUUUUUUUUUUUUUUUUUAAACUCUAAUUUCUCCCUGUUCUUUAAGGGGGGUGUUUAGUUCCCCCCCACAUCUUUGGAGGGGCAGGGACUGCGCUCCUGGGGUGCCGUUAACCCCAGCUGGCGAAAUCCUGGAAGAGUUGUGGGGUGUUUGAAUUUCCCGGGGGGAUUGGGGUUUUUUUAGGGUUUGGGCCGAGGGGGAUGAAGGUUUUUUGUAUGUUUGAUUCAUGGCUUGAAGUCUCGGGCGGAAUAAAAGUUUUUGGAGCCUGGUUACAAACUUUUGUUGUUGUUUAUGGUAGGGUCUACGGUCUGCUCCAGCCCAGCGCCCUCUCUUGGCCCAGACGCCCAGGUUCAUCUCCGCGCCUCCCCCCAUCCCCCCCCAUUAUAGAUGCUGAGCUGCCGUGCAGGCUCCUGGACACUUGGGCU